CUCCUAUUGCACGCAGCGUUUGACCCCAGUCGACGGUGGCCGCAAAAGGACAAUGGUUUCCAUGUCAGCGGAUAAACGCCCUCGCCUUAGCUCCUGGAUGAGAGGGACGCUUACUGUGCGUCCUUAAUAAGCGAGGAAGCAACUAAAGGAGCUCGUGACCGAUAGAACAAGGACCAUGCCGCGCCGGGGCCUAGUGCCCGGGCCAGACUUCGAGUAUUUCCAGCGUCGCUAUUUCACGCCGGCCGAGGUGGCCCAACACAACCAGCCGGAAGACCUCUGGGUGUCUUACCUGGGAAAUGUGUACGACCUAACGCCGUUGGCACAGGAGUACAAAGGAGACCUUCUGCUGAAACCCAUAGUCGAAGUUGCGGGCCAGGACGUCAGCCAUUGGUUUGAUCCAAAGACCAGAGACAUCCGCAAGCACAUAGAUCCGCUGACCGGUUGCCUGAGAUACCGCACUCCCCGGGGCCGCUUUCUGCACGUGCCGCCUCAGCUGCCCCGUUCUGACUGGGCCAAUGAUUUCGGGAAGCCUUGGUGGCAGGGGUCACGGUACGAGGUGGGGCGGCUGUCCGCCAAGACUCGGAAUAUCCGCAUCAUUAACACGCUCACGUCGCAGGAGCACACACUGGAGGUGGGGGCACUGGAAUCCAUGUGGGAAAUCCUACACCGCUAUCUCCCCUAUAAUGCACAUGCUGCCAGCUACACAUGGAAGUUUGAAGGCAAGAACCUGAACAUGGAUCAAACCCUGGAAGAGAAUGGUAUCCGGGAUGAGGAGGAAGAAUUUGAUUAUCUCAAUAUGGACAGUACACUCUACACACCUGCAGUACUGCUCUACUUCAAUGAUGACCUCACAGAGCUAUAGGAAGAUAUAUGCUCAUGCAGACUCAAGACAUAUUUUGAGUUUAGCUGUUUCUGUGCCCUGCAGGAAGAGAGGUGGGGAUUGGCGGGGGGUGGGGUGCACAGCGGCUCCUGAACCUAGACCUCCAUUCCACUCUGGGAACUGGCCUGUGGUUCCCAUGCUUUCCUGAAGUGUAAAGGUCCUACUCCUCAUUUAAAUUUACUCUGAGGAAGUUAGGGAGAAUGCUAGAAGUGCAUUAAGUUUUAGGAAUGAUACAAGAAAAUAAAGUAUCUUAGAUCAGAGAGAUCUAAGAAGAGGGAGCUCUAAGAAGAAAUCAGAUAGAGCUCAGGCAGAACUUUUUGACAGUAAGAGAAAGAGAAGUCCUACACAGGGACAAGGAAUGGAAGAAGUUUUCUGGCAAUGAUGGAAAUGGGAUGGCUGCAGAAAGAUGAGGUUUACAAAGAUAGCAAUAGGAAAUGUCUAUCACUGGCCAUACAAAACUGGGUUACUCCCUUCCGAAUAGUAUUUAGCAGCUGAAACCCAGGAGGAAGAAAGGAGGUGAACAGUCGCCAGGUAAUUCAGGCUAGAUAUUAUGCUAUGUGCUUGAUACACCUCAUUUAACACAACUACCCGUAAGAUAGAUACCAUUACCACUAUUUUACAGAUAAGUCUUCUGAAGAUUAGCAAGAUUUAAUAGCACAAAAGGCACACUAGUUAGUAACCAGAAUGCAAUGUUCUCCAUGUUCUUCUCAAUGUAAAGAGAGUAUCUCAAUGUCCAGGCUCGUUGCACAAUGGGAACCUAUAGUCCUAUUGUGUAGUAUGAUGGGGGGUCUUUUGUUGUUAUUUGGGGGGGUUGUUUGUUUGUUUUGGCUUUUGUUUUAUUUUGCAGUUAUUGUCUUUGGAAGGGAGUUAGCAGAGUUCUGCAGUGGCAGAGAGGGGACAGGGGAGGCUAAGUGUCAGCUGAGUAAUAGCUAUUCAGUCUACUUCCUGAUUAAUCCCAUAGCAAAAUUUUCCUCUUACUUGUCUGAGGCAAAGAGGUGGGCAAACACUGACUCCAGGAAAAACUAGUGGGAAAAGGGCCUUUGGAUUGGGACACUUUAGUUGGGGGAGCAAAAAGGAGGCAAACAGCACAGUAUAUUCAUGAUGGGCCUGUGCCUCUGAGGGAAUAUGAGGAGGACAAGGUCAUCUUUGUAAUAUGGUCAGUUUACAAGAAGGGGCUUGACAGAGGUAAUGUAAAGAGAGGAGCUAAUUAAGUCAGAAAACUCCUGGUGUUCAAAAGAGAACAACCAUGGAAGGCAGUGGCCAGAUUUGGUCCCCUUUAACCGAAACAAGGAAGGAAAAUGAGAAUAACAGGUAGAUUUCCUGACAGUAGCAGGCAAAAAAGGAUGUAAUUGGCUGGCUGGCUGAUAGAUUGUAAGCUCACAAGAGCAGAGAUCAUGUCCAUCUUGUUCAUUGUUGGGCACACAGUUGCUGCUCAAUAAAUGUUGAUUGAAUGAA